GAGAGAGAGAGAAGCUUUGCUGAAUGGGGAAAAUUAGGAAUUGCUCAGUUUUAGGUAAGUGGUCACUGGGAACCAAGAGUAAAGCACUUUCUACAGCCAAGGAACCUUUUUCUACCUUAAAGAAUAUGUCUCCAAAACUGUGACAUUAGAAUGGUGAUGCUUCAUUUCUUUUUCUUUAAAAAAACACGUAUAAGUAAAGAGAUUUCUUUAAGGAUUUCUAAAAUUAAGUGUAAAUGAACUUUUUAAAAAACCUUACUGAAGAUUGGAUUGCAAUUGCUUUGCAGAUGCACUGAAUUUAGAAUAUAUUUCAACUCAGAAGAGAUGUUGUUGGACGUUUCCUAAUCAGUUCUUCUUGGGUCAAAGAUGGGAAUUCAAAGAAAAACUCUUAAACAGCAAACGGCAUCCCUCUAAAACUGAGUAUGGGCAGAACAAUCCAAGUCCUGGGAUCAUAACCACCCACAGUACAUAUCUUCAGAGGUUAACUUGAAACAGACUUUCCCAUCAGUGCUCUUUAAUCUGCAUUGCGUGUCAACGUGUCCUUCACCUCCCCAUCAUGCCAACCGUACCUGAAGAUGUUAGGCAGCCAACUGAGACACAGCAUUCAAAUUCGCCCUCUCUUGUCAAAGAGACCUCUGCUGAAACAGCUACAUGCAACACACCUUCAAUAAUUCUUCCGGAAUGUGCCGUUAGACCAGUUACAGAAAGAGACACAAAUGUACCUCUCAGGCCUGUUAGCCCUCAUCUGCGACAUUCUAACAGAAAUGCUAGAAAAUCAGGGAGCUCUUUGACUUCUGUAGAUAAUGAAGGUCAUGUAAUUGAUCUCCUACAUGACCAACUGCCAGAUAUACAAAUAUCUGAUGAAGAUAAAAAGAAGAACUUUGAACUAUUAGAAGAAGCAAAGAAGGUGAGUGAGAGGUUCCUCACACGUAGAGGAAGAAAAUCAAGAAGCAGCCUUUCAGAAUCACCCACAGCUUUAUCCCCAUCACUAAGCCCCAGUGUUUCACCUGCUUCAUCUCGGAGCAACUCGUUAACUCUUCCAGAUCCAACAGAUUCUGAUAUAUGCACGUCAAGUGUUGAGUCGGUGUCUCCAUUGCAGAAUCCCACAAAAGGAAUGCCUAAUCAAAAGGAGAAUGAACAAAGAAAAGAUUCUCAGGGAAGAAUGGUUCCUCACAUAACUGGUUUGGAAAGUCCAAAGGAGAAGGUGUCUGAACAAAAGGAGAACUUUGAUCCAUAUAAACAUAAAGAUAAUCUGCCUCAAUUCUGCACUUCAGAUUCCAACACUGGCAAAAUAUCUCUUAGUAGCAGCAAGAACUUCUAUGAAACUGAAUUAGGGAAAGAAUUCCCUAAAAAAAUUAAAGGAAACGACUUUUCUUUCAAAGGUCAUUUACCUGGACCAGGAAUGAUUGCACCAGGCCCGAAGUUAAAGGGCUCAGCACCACUACUGAAGGAUUCCAAAGUUUCUAAUAAAACUGAAUUUAAUGCAUCUAGUAACCGCUCUCCUCUACUACGAGCUAUGUCAUGGGAUCAUCCUGAACCAUGUAAUGUAGAAAAAGCACCUUUCAGACCAUCUGAAGGUAUUAAAAACUCUGCUGGUAAUAUAGCAGCUGGUAAUAUAGUAACUAAGCUUCCACCAUUCAAAGACCUUCACAUACAAGUUCAGCCAAUUCGAAUGCAGAAACUGACAAAGCUCAGAGAGGAACAUAUAUUAAUGAGAAAUCAAAAUUUAGCUGGACUUAAACUUCCUGAUCUAAGUGAAGCUGCUGAACAGGAAAGAGGGUCUUCACCAAUCCCUUUCUUAGUGGAGGAGGAGGAGUCAAAGAAUAGAUGUGAUGCCAUGCCCAACAUUCCUGACAUACUUUUACGAAAGCUUGGUGUACAAACACCAUUUUCAGGAAGUGCUCCACCACUUACUGAACGAGAGGUUGAGAAUGUUUUUGUACAACUUUCAUUGGCAUUCAGAAAUGAUAGCUAUACAUUGGAAUCAAGAAUUAAUCAGGCUGAAAGGGAAAGGAAUCUUGCUGAAGAAAAUACAGAGAAGGAAUUAGACAACUUCAGGGGAGCAGUUACGGAAAAACGUAUGUCAAAGGCCACUGAAGUUAUGAUGCAGUAUGUAGAGAAUUUAAAAAGAACAUAUGAAAAGGACCAUGCUGAGCUCAUGGAGUAUAAGAAACUUGCUAAUCAGAAUUCUAGCAGAAGCUAUGGUUCUCCAGAUGAUGGUGUACCUCGGACAUCAAGAUCCAUGUCUCUUUCUAUUGGAAAGUUGCCUCGAAGGAGAGUCAGUGUUGCUGUUGUUUCAAAGUUUGAGCUCCCAGGCCAGUCACCUAGCCAGUCACCUAUACCCUUGGUGUCAUCUACCCUGUCUGAAUCAUCAAAUGGAAGAAGCAAUUUGACAUCAACUCCAGUCUUACCUGUAGUUACAGAGAAUGGAAAACCAAACAGCGACCUGGAUUGUGAACACCGUCCUUCAGCAUCAACAGAAACUAGCUUGGAAGAGAUCAGCCCAGAAGCAAAAGCCAAAAUAGAAGAGGAAGCUUAUAACAAAGG